AUGGAGGCAUAUCCUGUGUCGCGCCACCCGCUGCACCCCCGCUUGCACUCUGGAACCACCCUACGCGCCCCCCCCUCCAACCACCAAUGGCGGCCCUUAGUUCCGCCGUCUCGCUAUCAGCUUCUCCGUUAUUCUAUAUCGCUACGGCUGUCGCGGCUACCCGGUCGGCAGAGCGGGAGCGUCCCGCGGAGCCGCAGUCACUCCAGCCGGUUCGUCGCCGCCGCGAGCGGCGAAGAACCGAAUGGAAUUGUUGCGAACGAUGCAGAUAAUAUUGGGGAUAAGAGUGCAGGGGGGAGUGAGAAGGCGGAGAGCGCGGAGCUGGCGGGCAUCCUGGCGCGCGUUCACGAGGAGAUGGCGGAAGCCACCCGCGCCCAGGCGGACGGGCGCGCGUCGGUCCUGCGGAGCAUGGGGCGCGAGGGCGACGGGGAGAGCGCAGCGGGCGAGCAGCUUCUGCUGGAGCUGCUGCAGGCGGAGGAGCAACGGCGCAUGCGCGCGCCGGGGGACGCGGAGGAGUCGGAGGAGGAGGCGGGGUUUUGGGAAGGAAGCGACGGCGCGCAAGGUGGAAAGGAGUACAGGCUGCCCCCCUCCUUCUCCGCACUUGCCACUGGCUCGCCCGCGGUCCUCCCCGCCGCUUCUGCAGCGCCUGCUGCCGCUGGCGGCGAUGGGGGGAGUGAUGAGAGCAGGGGCGCGCGGAUCGAGGGGGGAGGCGAGGGCGCGGGUCAGCGCGAGACGCGGCAGGAGCAGGGGGAGGGGGCGGGUGGCGAGGAAGGAGGCGGAGGGGUGGGGGAGGGGGAGAAGGAGGUGCCGGAGGGGUCAGUGGUACGGGAGCAGCUGGGCGGGCGCCCAGAGCUGUGGCGCGGCGUGCACGUGGCUGGGGCAACGUGGGCGGGCGCGGGCGCGGGGGUAGCGCAAGGGGAGGGGGAUGGGCUAAGGCGAGGGGAGAGACCGGGGGAAGGAGGAGGGGGAGGGGCUGCGGCAGGGCAGAGCGGAGGGGGGGAGGCAGGGGCGGGCAGCGGGACGUACCUGCAGGCGCGCGAGCUGCUGUCGAAUAUGGCCAGGAGCAUGGAGCAGCUGGAGAGCGGGCUCUCCGCCCGCCACAAGGUAGGCCUCUCCGCCCGCCACAAGGUAGGCCUCUCCGCCCGCCACAAGGUAGGCCUCUCCGCCCGCCACAAGGAGAUGGGCGAGUCCACGCAGUUCAUCUCGGGCAUCCGCUCCAGCGACCCCGCUGCCGGCCAGGGCGCAGUGGUGCGGAGAGCGGAGGAGAUGGUGGCGCGCAUGCAGGUGCAGUUCGCGGCCAUGGAGAAGGAGGCGGCCCACAAGGACACCGUGCUUGACCGCCUGCUCGCGCACGCCAAGUCCACCAAGCAGCAAAUGAGGGCGGUGGAGGAGCGGUCGCGAGUGGAGAAGGACGAGUUGAGGCGGGAGAUGACGGAGCAGCAGCAGCGCAUGCAGAAGGAGCUGGAGACAGCGGCGGGGCGGGAGGAGCGGAUGAGGCGGCAGCUGAUGGAGGCGCAGGAGGGCAUCGCGCACCGGGACGCCUUCCUGCAGCAGCUGCAGGAGGAGGCCGCCCUCUCCGCCUCCGCGCUCAAACAGGCCGCCAGGGCGAUGGUGGCGGCGCGGGACCGCACGUUGAGGAUAGAGGAGCAGCUCGAGUCGAUGGGAGACCAGCUGGCCAAGGAGCGUGCCAAGACCCGCCGCGAGCGCGAAAACACCGCGCGUGUUACCGCCGAGCUGGCGGAGGCGCGCAUGGCGGCGGAGGAGAUGGCGGGGCGGGUGGGGCGGCUGGAGAGCGAGGUGCAGCGCAAGGAGCGUGAGAUGCAGCAAAGCCGCCACGAGGCGGACGCUGUCAGGGCGCAGCUUAAAGCCACCCAGCAGGCGUUGGAGGAGGCAGCGCGGCAGGCGAGGGAGGCGCAGGCAGGGAGGCAGCAGGCGGAGGCAGCGGCAGAGGAGGAGCGGGCGGCGGCAGCAGCGGCGGUGGAGGGGCAGCAGAGUGCAGAGCAGCGCCUGAGGGAGGCGCAGGCGCGGGUGGAGCUGCUGCAGGGCGAGGUGGUGUCGCUCAAGGAGGUGGCUUUGAGCAAGGACUCGCUGCUGGCGGCGGUGAAGGAGGAGACGAUGCGCAACGCGGACAUGCUGCUUGCUGCUGCCAACACUCGCAAGGAGUUGGCGGGGGCGGAGGCGCGGGUAGCAGCGCUGCAAGGGUCGGUGGCGGCACUGGAGGCGGAGGUGAGGCAGCAGGACCAGCUGCUCAACGACAUCCGCGCCGAUGCUGUCUCCAGUGCUGAUGCCCUGCGCACCGCUGCUCAGAUCAACCAGGACCUGAAUGCAGCGAGGGAGCGCGAGGCGGAGCUGUUGGAGCAGCUGGAGCAGCGCGAGGCGGAGGUGGAGAGUCUGCGCCGCGACAACUUCGAGAACAUCCGCGCGCAGCGAGCUGAGCUCGCGCUGCGGGAGGCGGAGAGGCGGGCGCGCGAGCUGGAGAUGGAGAGGGAGUCACUGCGGCGGGGCGUGGCGAAGCGCGACCAGGCGCUGGGGCUCAUGAAGAGGGAGCUCGAGCGCAGCGCGCACAUGCUCUCCGCCGCUGCUGACACCCGCCAGGCGCUGCGGAGCAUGAAGGAGCAGAUGGAGUGGAUGCAGGAGGAGGCGUGCGUCAAGGAGGAGCGCCUGGCAGCGCUGCAGGAGGAGUUUGUCUCCGCGCUCAAGGGCACCACCUUCCCAUCGCUGGACAAGAGCAUUCUAAAGCGAAGAAAGGUGCCGCCACAAGGGAAGUCGUCUGGAGAUGCGCAACCCCAAUCACCUGCCUGA